GCGAGCCAGGAAGAUGCUUCUGGACUCAACAGAACCAGACCGGACACUGUCACCCACCAGUGGAGACUCGCAUGAGCGGCGGCAACACAGCAUCUACCGGUGCGGGUGAACGCAAGGGGUGAUGCCAGGAGUGCUUGAAAGACAGCGAGGAAACAAGCCGCACUCCGUCCAGCUGCGUCCAUCCACAUCCCUUCAUCCUCGACCCAGCUUGCGGAGCUGAUACCUCAGGUCGGACGGUCCCUACUUCUUCUACUUCUCUGUCAUUGUUUCGGGAUGGAGAAAUUUUACAGGUGAGGGGCAGAAGGAAAAGGAGCUGCAGUGUGCCCCGACACUGUCACUCCUGCUAUUGUGGAGAGUUGAUAUUCGGACGUUUUUCUGUCCCACUGAAUCGAUUCAGGCUCCUGAUCUCCGGGACUGAGCGGGUUAGGAGGACUAAAUGUGAUUUUUGUGUGGGUUUCAUCAUGCGGCGAAUGGUUCUGUUGCUGAACCCUUUCGGACAGGAUUGAGUCAAACUUCCAGGGAGCUCCAGGAGUGGGGUAAGGGUACCCUCGGACUGGGACAGAGGCAUUGGGAGACGUCAGCUACGGUGCGUUGGUUUUUGGCUGGAUAACAACAUGACUUGUCCCAACACAGUGACGUAUCAAGGCUUCACCUGAGUCUCACUCUUAACCAGAAAACAAACAACCAGAAGGACAUUUAGAGGCUAUCGCUCAUCAAUCCGAAACCUCAACGAGCACCAGUUGUCAGUUUUGGGUGGGCCUUUCAGGGAUCCACCCUUAUUUCCUCCACCUCCUCCUCUUCCUCCCCUCCUCUCCCUCUUUUUCUUUUCCCUGUUGCUUCGGUCCAUCCUCAGAAGCCCCCUCCUCCGCUCCGCACCCCCUCCCUCAGCGGUGCUCCGUCGCCCUGGGUGAGUGGGCAGGGGGGUGGCCCACGGUACCCCCCGACACCUGGGCGCCACCGAGCCGCCAGAGGCUGGUGAGGCGGCGGCAGGGUCAGAGCUGGGAAGAUGGCUGCUCUCGCCAGCUCCCUUAUUCGCCAGCGCAGGGAGGUCAAGGACCCCCAGGCAAACCGGCAGAUCGCCAGCAAGCGCAAGCCCUGCCCAAAGAGCAACAAGUCGCUCUGCCAGAAGCAAAUCCUAAUAUUAAUAUCGAAGGUUCGACUAUGUGGCAGUCGAGGGAGAAAAAUGGAGAAAAGACCAGAGCCCCAGCUGAAGGGCAUCGUCACGCGGCUUUACUGCAGACACGGCUUCUACCUCCAGAUGCUGCCGGAUGGCACCAUGGAAGGCACAAAGGACGAAAGCAGCUCCUUCUUGCAGUUCAACUUGAUUCCUGUGGGGCUCAGGAUAGUGGCCAUCCAGAGCACCAAGACAGGGCUCUACGUUGCCAUGAACAGCGAGGGCUACCUCUACACUUCGGAACACUUCACGCCCGAGUGUAAGUUUAAGGAGUCUGUGUUUGAGAACUACUACGUCACCUACUCGUCCAUCCUGUACAGACAGACCCAGUCGGGCCGGGCGUGGUACAUCGGUAUCAACCGAGACGGACAGGUCAUGAAAGGGAACCGCGUCAAGAAGACGAAGGGAGCCGCGCACUUCCUGCCCAAACUCAUUGAAGUGGCCAUGUACAGGGAGCCCUCUCUACACGACGUCGCUGAGCAAAGCCCGCCCAGAAAAACGCCCAAGACCUCCAGUGACUCGCCCGUGCUCCAGAACGGGAAGAAGGACCCUCAAUCCAAAACCAAAACCUCCUCCUCCUAGCGCUCACAGACACAGGUGGGAGGAAUGGUGGAGGACACGGGGCACUGGGCACCAGCGAACACCUGACCAGGGUUGUUAGGGCUAUGCCCCCACACACACACACCUGCUGCCUGCAACACUGACCCCACGAGAACUCUGCGUACCACAAUGCAAUGGUGUAAAGUUGGAGAAAAAGAGCAGGUUCAUGCAGAGUGAAGCUGGCCAAUGGGAAGCCCCUUUUACCUUCACAGAUCCCCCCCCCUCCCUCAUCCACACCAGCCCUCCACCUUCUGAUUUAAUAACCUCUGUGAUUAUCAAAGCCUGGGAUUUAAAAGCAAUAACUCCAUGAAGAGGUGAACUAGCAUCGUAUAGCAUGUCACCACAGCGUGUUUAACCUGCUGGAAGGAAAUCCCACACACCUUCUAGCCGCCAUCAGCGACGUCCUUCCAGUCAACCAAAUAUCCGAGCAGAGUCUUCCUGAUUUUACCACAACGGGUGCAACGGUCUCAUCCGCCCCUCGGCAGCACACACUUUACAAAUGGGUCGUGUUUUUAUUUCCCCGCGGGGUUCCAUGCUAAUGUUAGCCUGACACAGAGCCAUGCUAAUGCGAGGCCGUCGCAGAGACCCUUGCAGACUUUUGUUCUGCAGCCAUCUGCUCACUCCACAUCUUCUGCGUGUGUCAGCGACUUUGUGCGAUGGCCUGGAUACUUGUCAGCCCUGCUUGUGUGUGUUUGUGUGCAAGUGUGUUCCCUUCUUCUUCCAUUCACCUUUGGCGCGAUUUGAUUAGUUUGUGACAUGGACUCAAUUUUCCACUCGGCGGCACAAGAAAACCCCUCCCGUCCUCUCCGGCUCUGUUAAUGGAGUCUGGGGCUGAUCAGAAUCUUUCGACCCUUAAACGAGGGGCCAAGAGCUCCCUCAGCACACUGCGUAACCACACACACACACACACACACACACACACACACACACACAUACACACGCUCAUUACUACACUGACAUUUACCCACACACACGCCGAGGUAUGCACACACUUUAGCACCCUGAUAUCCAUGAGCGACGACCGCAGAAAAUGAUCUCACGACUUAACACACUUAACACAAUGACAUGCAUUACACACACUCACAAAUGCACAUGUCGGCGCGGUUGUGAGUGUGUGUGCAGGUUCUGGGAGAUGAUGAGGAUAUCAUCAGUGAGAUGGGGUACUGAUGGAGCCUGACUGUGUGGCUUGUGAUUGCACUGCAAUAGCUUUUUUCACUGUGGCUGGCCAUGCAUUGCACAAACCCCUGAGGCCCACACAGUAUCUGUGGACCCUGGAUCUUUCAAUGUGGUGUGCUUGUCUAAAAAUACUGAUCUUUGUUUUAUUGAAUUAUUGCAUCCACAUUGUGCUACUACCUUCUAAUGAAUUAAAACAAUAUAUAAGCUUUUGCAUAUGAUAACAGUUUCUGCAGAUUCCAUGCUACCCCAUCUCUGCCCCCAUGCCAGAAAUAUUUACUGUAUGGAACUGUAUGUGAUGGAUUUUUAAAGGGGCACUCCACUUAUUUUACAUGUUAACGGUACAAGUCAUUCGGAGUACUACUCAGUCUGUGAAAACAGUUGUAUGGUGAAUAGUUUAUAGGAACUUUCUCAGAUCUGAGUAAAUGACUCCAGUGACAGCACUUUAGAAAUGAAGGGUUGGGACUGAAGACCUUAAAGUCUAACUGAAAGACUGCAAUGCAAACUUGAGUACAGCACCUAAAACUCACACCCAAACCUGGGCUGUACCCGCAUACAAAACCUAUAUUUUUGCUUAAUAUUAUUCAUUACUGACUGUUAGGCUAAUACAACACUUUCUAGUUUGGUUGGAGAUUCUGGUUUGUUAUGCUAGUAGCCGCUAAUGUGACCUCGAGCUACUAGCAACAAGCUAGUGAUGACUACAGAGGUCACUUCUUUCUUCCCGAGAUUCUUUUGAUUUUGUCUUAACGUGUCGUAUUCAGCCCUAAGGGUGACUCAAGCAGCAGUUUAUCAGAUUUACAACAGCUCCCUCAGGAGCCACAGAAGGCUUUAAUACAACUUAUUUCACGGAAGCAGUAGUACGCCCUAACAUCUGUAAACAGACUUCGAUGUGUACAAUUGGUGGUUUCCCUUUAAUAUAUUACAUUUAAAAAUACCUGAGCCCAAAGCUUUCAGUAACAACAUUUCCCUGAUUUGGGUCUAAUGAAAGAUGCAGUCACACUGCAUUAUGGGGAAUGUAGGAUCCGGUGUUUUUUGUUUCUUUGACCCAUACUAGGGACUUAAAGUCAGGAAUUCUCAGCUUCUGCUCCUUCGAUUUUAACCAUUCUUUUUUUGAAUCUAUCUCUUGCAUGUCCCCCAAUGGUAUUGAAGUGCAACACUAAAUGACUGGAAUGGUCCUUUAAAUCUUUAUUUACGCAUGGACCAGUCAGCUGAGCACCUCGGCCCAUGACAUGCAACAACACCGUACACGCUUUCACACAUUCACUAAAAAGAUGCUAGUUUCUACUGCUUACAACUGACCCUAACCCUUACUUCAUUCAAAAUCCAAUCUUAAUCUGUUUCUAAAUGUGUUUAUAUGAAUCACCAUGAAUCUCUCCUGAAGACUUUGGUUAUGAUGCAAAGGAAUUCAAGCCUUCUUUACUUGUCAUAUUUGAAAGUUCAUAGAAUUACUGUGUUUUGUCAGGAGGAAAAAUAAGAAACCAAAGUCAUAUUUACGUAAUGUAACUGAUAGUGGUCGUACAUAAGACGGAUGAUGAUUAUAAAAGAGGAAAUAUAAAGAUAGAUGUGAUCACAUUUUUUUCAGCGUUUAUCUGAUAGACCCUCGUGGUAAAGAAAGUAACUAUUUAAAAUAUUUACCAGCCUCGUUCAGGAGGCCUUGUUUUGUGCGUUUGCGUUUGUUCUUUCCAUUCAGCACCAAAAGCAAUCAUUUUUCAUAUCAAACUUUCUUGGUACAAUAUGCCAGGCAGCGUAAUUGUUUCUGCCUAAUGUUUAUGUAUUGUGGGAAGCAAGGGAGUCCUGUGUGUUCAGGAGGCGGAGGCGAGGCCAGAUUGAUGAUCAGGGCUCAGAGAGAGGGACGCACCAAAGAAAAGAAAACGGAGAAAGAGAGAGAUUUUUAGGGGAAAUCAUUUGCGGUGAUGAGCUGAAGAAGAAGAGCUUCGAGGGGAAAUUAUGGUAAUGCGGACAGAGUUCCCUUUAACGCACACACACACUUACACACACUUCUCAUUUCACGCAUAAUCUUCUGCUCCCCUGUAACCUCUGGUUGUAAAUAAUAAUAGCCGAUAACCCCUCACAGAAUGGAGGCGAGCCGCUGAGCAAAGUAAUCUGCUACCUGAGAGAUGAAGCAAACGUUACCUCUGCUUUCCCUCGGAGAGGAAGAUAGGUGAGAAGGAUGAAAAGAGGUAGGUUGAGAGAGAAAAGGAAGUAAGGAGAAAGAUGAGUGAUAUAACAAAGAAAUGACUUGUGAGAAAUGAAGAAAAGAAACUUUGAGUUCAAUGAACUGCAACCCAUCAGUUAUUCCCAUUAUUAUUCUUUAUUUAUUUAACGCAAGCUACUGUUAACACUUACACACUGAAAACCUUAAUUAAACUGUUAAAUAGACCCUCAGGUCGGCGUGUCUGACCCGUCACCCCCCCUAUGGAUCGCUUAAUCCAGAACACGAUGUUUGAGUGCUAUUUGCAAAGUAAUUACACAAAUAUAAUUAAAUCAGGCUUGUGCCGACUAGAAUAGAAUUAGGUCUGUCUGGGACUAGAUAUAGAGAUUAAAUGGGAGGAGGAGGAAUUCAGCAAACAGACACAAACACGACUUCUGUGACUACUACUGUAUUUUAAGGGCUGGGAAAUCUAUGUUGCAAUAUUUUCUUAUGUGUGUGUCAUGUUUGUUGUUUUUCAGAAUUCGACUUUGAAAAGAAAAGCAGCUGUUAAGGCGCGUUAGGGGCUAAUAUUUUAGUUAGCAAUUAAUGAGGACUGUGGAAAAAAUGAAAAAAGUGUGGCAAUGUAUCAAUCAUGCACACAGGAAGGGUUAAAGAGGCACACACUGGUUUUAGAUAUAAAGGUCAGGUUACGCAUCAUGAGGAAGGUAAAAUGCCUUCUGUGGCUCUUAAGGGAGUUUUCUAAAGGUGUGUUCAGACAGAAAGUGAAGCAAAAGAAACCCACGUCAUUCAAACAGAUUUGGCCACUGGGCUGCCUGUGCUAUCGGUGUUCAUUCGGGGCUGUACCAUUGUUCAGACGACCCAUUAUUCCAAAAUCUCAACAGUUCAAAAUAUGUCCCAUUGGACUGAAAGCUCAUUUGUCCAACAGCCCAUUAUUCAGAAUACGGCCAUUGCUCUGAAAAUACUCACUCUAGGUAUCACCAACUUAUAUAUGUGACUUAACUAACUUAUUUUAUCCCAAACCAUGAUCAUUUCCACCUAACCAAGUAGUUUUGAUGCCUUACCAAACCGUGACCGUGACUUAACCACGUUUAUUAUUUUUACCAUGACGAUGGAGGUGAACGGACUUUUCUGCCAUCCAAGAUAUUCAAAAUAUUAAGGAAAAAAAAUCUGUAUUUUUGGGCCUUCGGAGCAGUCAGCUUUUGUUUUUGGAAUAACAGCCUGUCAGAUAAAUUGGCAUUUGGUCAAAUGGGGCAUUUUUCGUACUAUUGGGGUUUCAGAAUAAUGGGCCGUCGGAAAGAUGGGCAGUCCCACUUAUUCAUCCUAAACAGGCCUGUACAGGCUGUACUGACUGUAGCAACUAACCGUGCGCCCGGUCAGUGCGUGCUUGUGUUUGAGCUCAGAAUUCAUCAAGAACUCCAGCUCUUUCUCUUAUUUUCCAUUAGAUUCAUAUAGCCCGGCAUAAGCACAAAUUCUUCGCUCACAUUUUUUUAUCUUGAACAAACCUGUCUUUGGCUCAGUUUGCCAAACACACUCAUGCCCACUCGUGUCUUUCCAUUGACUUAAUGUGCAAUCACACCGCAUCUAAAAUUGGCCCCGCCUUCUGUUUGAACACGCUUCGAAACAGAAAAACCGUGAUGACGUCAUGGUAAUUUCAGACUGGGUUGAAAUCCUGAAUUUUUAACAGUCUGCAUUACAGACGGGAGGGGUUUAAAAUAAGUGAGCAUUUAGGAGGCACAGAGAUUCUAGUGGAAGAUGCAUUAUGGGAAAUGUAGGAUGCAGCAUAUUUGGAGCUUGACUCUAAAAGUCAGGAUAUCUUGGCCUCUGCUGCUUCAGGUGUGACUCUUGUGAGUGCCCAAACUUUAUGGAAGUGCAAUACUAAAUAGCUCGAGAGCCCCUUUAACCCUCAAAAUAAGUGCAGUAUUACUUUCUGUUGAUGCAUAUGCCUGUACUGAUGCAAAAAAUAACAGCACACAAGGUGGCAUUUCUACAGAACAGGGCAUGAAUUAGAUGGCUCAAUUUGUUUGCAAUAUUUGUAGGGCUACAAUCAUCUCAUUUCCUGCCUCAAACUUCUGUUUUUAAAGUGACUUUAAAGCAACGAGAGCCAAGAUUUUAUUAAACCAAGCCAUCAGAUCUCGAGACUGAGCGUCAGUCAACCCUGACAUCUAGUGAGCGAUGGAUUCAUAUCUCAGUUAACGGAGAUAUUCAUGCUAUGUGUGGACUCGCUGAUUAAAUGUAAAACAAUACAAAUGAUCCAUCAGCCACUUAAAGUUGCAUCAGUCAUCAGUAUCUGUUGCCACUGCAGAAGAUGCUGAUAGAUCAGCUUUUUAUUCCAGUUUGCAGACUGUUAUUUGAAUAUCCUCAUUUCUGAACAGUAUGUUAGAGUUAUUUGGUGGGGGUAAAGACUUUAAAAGAGGAGGCGUGGAAAUGUAUAUCCCACCCUGUUUGCAGUGGUAUUGAUUUCACUUUGCAGAACGGUAGAAUUACAAAGUCAUUUAUUGUGUGGUUGAAUUGGAAAGUUUGCAUGAUUGCAUGUGUGUGUGUGUGUGUGUGUGUGUGUGUUUGCAGUAAUCAUACUCUCCCAUUUGUCUCUGCUGUGAUUUCUUUGUGGAGUCUGAAAUCAGCUUCUCUGUUCCAGCCUGUCUGCUCUCCGGCCUUCAGGCUUCACUUCAAACGAUUCCGUGUGAAUUACAGGAUGUAAAGAUUGCCAUUCAUCUCAGCGGCCGUCUAUCCGAGCACACGUUUGAUUAGUGAAACCCCCCCACCCCCCCGUGGCUGAAUUUACUGCUUUUAACUCGCUGAUAAAUGCUCCUGGAGUCAGCUUUAAAUGUUAAAUAUUGGCCCUUUAGUGGGCUUAGCAACGCCAUUUCUUUGGUGUAUAUAAAAAAAAAAGACGGGUGAGGUGUGUACGUGAAUGUGUGUGUGUGUGUGUGUGGAUAUCGAAGGGGGUUAAAUGAUGUAUAUCUGAUUCAGCUGCGUGCUUCACACAUCACGCACACACACACACACACACACACACACACACACCCUCUCUCCCCGGGGGACUCCCUUCCCUCCCAUUUCUUCCAAGUCAGGGCCCUCCCUGCUUACUGAGCGAAUUACAACUGCAGGCAGGGUCAUCCGGGGUUGUGAAGGACUCAGAGAGAGAGAGAGAGAGAGAGAGAGAGAGAGAGAGAGAGAAGCAUGUGUCACAUACUUUAGUGUAGCUAAUUUGUGCCCUCACAGCCUCCCUUUGAAGUUCCCCUUCCUCCCUCCGAUCCCUUCUUUUGCAAACACAACUUCCCUUUAACCUGGCGGCAGUAUGUAUGUGCAUGCGUGUGAGUGUGCGCACACAGUGUGUGUGUGCUCUGGCGUGUGUUUUCUAGGUUUCACUCAUCAGCUUUGGUCUUUGUGUGUAAUCGUUGUGUAACUGUGAUUGAAUAUCUCUGUGUCCAUUAUGUGUAUGCGAGAAGAGAGGGAGUAAAGUAUAGGCAGGGGGAGAGGGAGAGAGACAAAAUAGAGGAUAAAUCAGAGGCCAAAUCAAUGAGCACGAGUCCUUGGGCAGAAAGCAAUAAACUCCAUUAACAAGGUGCAGCCACAUUAUCUGGGAGGGUGUGAAAAAAAAAGGAUUAAUAUUGAUAUAGAAACCAACUGCGUGUUUUAUUAGAGCUUUUAUUUUUCUUACAUUUUGCCCUUUUUGUGAGCUGGGUUGCUGUUUAAGUUUGUGUGUGUGUGUGUGUGUGUGUGUGUGUGUGUGUGUGUGUGUGUGUGUGCACUACUUUGAGGUGGAGUCCCUCCACCACAUCUGCAAUGCAGCAGAAAACACAAAAAAGAGAGGGAGGAAGAGAGAGAGGCUCACGUGACAAAAGAGUGACGCCGUCCUCGGACAGAUUUUCUCCCUCUCUCUCUCUCUCUCUCUCUUUUUUAUUUUCCUUUUUAGCCGCUUCAUAAAAAGUGCUUUUAUAUUGGAAUCCGGAGCCCGAGCAACGAAUGUCACAUCCUGUACAGUAUUAACCAGCACAUUAACUUGAUAUAUAAAAAAACCAGGCUGUGUUUUUUUUUUUUUUUAAAAAAAGCACACCAACAGUCCCUGAACACAUCUGCAUUGCACUCACACACACAGCACCCUGCACCAAGGCAGCGCAGAUGUGGCUAAAUGGGGUGACCUUUACAAACAGAUCAUGGAGGGACUUCACCUCUCACAAGCUAAUGCACCAGCAAUGUUUUAGUGGUGACUUUACAUUGUAUACACUAUGCUAAAAUGUCUUUAUUUACCCCUUUUUGAGUGUUUUUUGUUUUAAAAAAACAGUAUGGAUUGUAUUUUGGGUAUUUCUCAGUGGAAGUUCUGUGACUUGUAAUGAAACGGUAUGAGGAAUUGGUGUUGGUAUCCAUUGUAGCGCCCUAUAUGAAUCAUUGUUGGUCCGUCCAUGUGUCUUUGUUGAUUUGAUGUGUUUAUUUUGCUGUUUAAAUGCAUAUCCGUGUCCGUUCUCCUGUCACAUAAUGUGGGAUAUUGAGUAAUCUACAAAGAGAGGAAGACAUUAAGUAUGCUGAGACUGUGGGGGGCUCCACCCUCUUCCUCCUGAUCCCCCACAAUCCUCCAGCACUCGCCUGUUAAUCAAAGACCGACCUCUGACCUUUGAUCUCUUAACGGGGAUUUUAAUUGGCUCACCGGCAGCAUGUGGACUGCUCAUUCACCGUCUGUCUCACACACACACACACACACACAUAAACACAUCUUCUACCUGUGUGUGUGAUCCGGUGAUCGAUCCUCGAAGGAUUUUUUGACUGUUUUUUUUUUUUUUGCUCAUCUUUGUACUGCAUGGACGAUCCGAGUUAUUGUGACAAAGUCUUCCAGAAGAAAAGAUUUUAAGGAAAUCACCAUAAUCUUUCUUUCCUUCCUGUCUUCCAAAUGCAAAAAGAGUGCUUCAGUCUUCCAGCUAUCAAAGCCACAAUGACACUAUUUUUGUAUACAAAUGGGGCAAAAAAUAUAUCUAUAUAUCUCUAUAUAUAAAUAUAUCCAUGCAAAUGUGGUUGGGGUGCAAUAACUCCCCCUGUUGCUGGCAAGGUGGAAUAACACAACUACUAUACGCCAUCCAAACCCAUGGGUCACUUGGAGAAAAGAGCUAUAAAGGACUACAGAGAGCCGUGGGACUUGCUGUUUUAAAACUCCUGGGUUGAGGUAGAGGAUCACAGACGGGCGGGACUACAAGCAUGCAUGCGCCAAUCAUUUACUGGACACCUUCAAAGAAACAGUCUUUACCCAGUAUUUACUCUUUAACCCCUUUAAACCCUCAAUCCCCUCCCCCCCCUCCCUCAACACUCUAUUAUCCCAAACUCUUGUCUCUGCAUUUGCAAUAUGAUCUGUAUUUAUUUCUAUAAUAACUUACACAAAGUCAAGGGAGACGUAUUAUUGGAUAUAAUUGAAUAAAACAAACUAAUAUAUUUGUAUGAUUGUAA